CUCCUUUUUGUCUGAACUCUAAUUUUUCCUCUUCCUAACUACUUUUUAUCCAAAUUUUUCAUGCCCUAUAUUCAAUUCAAUCCUCGUCACUCCGCCACUUUCCCCCGUGACCUUUCUACUAUAUAAUGUCCCUCUCUAAUUCCACUUUCUCAUAACUUAAUUCAAACAUCAAUCAUGGGUACCCUUGAUUCAAAUAGCAGCACUCAAACACAUUCCAGUGUCACAGAAUUUAACCCGCUUGACCCGGAAGAAUUCCGUACCCAAGCCCAUCAAAUGGUAGACUUCAUUGCUGAUUACUACAAGAACAUCGAGAGUUACCCGGUUCUAAGCCAAGUCGAACCGGGAUACCUCCGUAGCCAUUUACCCGAAAAUGCCCCGUAUUUUCCUGAGUCAUUGGACACCAUUAUGAAAGAUGUCCAGAAUCAUAUUGUACCGGGUAUGACUCACUGGUUGAGCCCGAAUUUCUUCGCAUUUUUUCCUGCCACGGUUAGCUCCGCCGCGUUCCUAGGAGAAAUGCUUUGCAAUUGUUUCAACUCCGUCGGAUUUAACUGGCUGGCUUCCCCAGCCAUGACAGAGUUGGAAAUGAUAGUCAUGGACUGGCUUGCUAAUAUUCUAAAAUUACCACAAUGCUUCAUGUUUUCUGGCACGGGUGGUGGUGUAAUUCAAGGCACAACCAGUGAAGCGAUCCUUUGUACCUUAAUCGCUGCUCGUGACCGUAAGCUCGAAAAUAUUGGUGUUGAUAAUAUCGGACGGCUUGUAGUCUACUGCUCUGAUCAAACACACUCUACAUAUACUAAAGCUUGCAAGGUAGCUGGUAUUUUCCCAUGCAAUAUCCGUGCGGUACAAACUUCUGUUGAAAGCGAUUUCGCUUUAUCUCCUGUAAUUCUACGUAGAGUUAUUGAAGCUGACGUUGCUGCUGGACUAGUUCCACUUUUCCUCUGUGCUACUGUAGGGACCACUUCCACUACAGCCGUUGAUCCUAUUAGUCAACUAGCUGAGCUGGCUGAUGAAUUCGACAUUUGGCUCCACGUGGACGCUGCUUAUGGCGGUAGCGCAUGCAUAUGUCCAGAGUUUAGGCAAUAUUUCGAUGGAAUCGAACAAGCUAACUCGUUGAGUCUUAGCCCACAUAAGUGGCUACUAAGUUACUUAGAUUGUUGUUGCAUGUGGGUUAAAGAACCAAACGUGCUAGUCAAGGCAUUGAGCACGAAUCCUGAGUAUCUGAGGAACAAACGUUCCGAACAUGGCUCAGUUGUGGAUUACAAAGACUGGCAAAUAGGUACGGGUCGAAAAUUCAAGUCCCUCCGAUUAUGGCUUGUCAUGCGUAUCUACGGCGUAGCCAAUCUUCAGAGUCACAUUAGGUCCGAUGUACGAAUGGCCAAAAUGUUCGAAGGGUUCGUUAGGUCCGAUUCAAAGUUUGAGAUCGUCGUGCCACGACAUUUUUCACUCGUGUGCUUCCGGUUCAACCCGGACAAGGAAUAUGAACCUGCAUACACCGAACUUUUAAACAAAAAAUUGCUUGAUAGUGUUAACUCGACAGGUCGAGUUUACAUGACACACACAAUAGCAGGUGGAAUAUACAUGCUAAGGUUUGCAGUAGGUGCUACGUUCACGGAGGACAAACACGUAAUUUCCGCUUGGAAGUUGAUUAAGAAGUCUGCAGAUGCUUUGCUGAAAAGAAGUUACUCUUAUUAUACUACUAUUUGGGGUAUGUCCUUAAAUAAAUAAAAGAACAUGCUGAAGAAGAAGAGUAAGGGAACACAAUAAAAUGUAUGAAUUGUAUGUGUAUGUUUGUGUAUAGGCUUAUGAUUGUUUUGUAUAUCUAGAACAAAGAAGUCAAAACAGUCUGUACUUGUCAGCAAUAUAUAUAGUUGGAUAUCUUAAUAUUAGAAAUAAGAUAAAAUCUAUGAUCAGCUCUUUCAUGGAAGAAAUAAUGAAAGAUCGAAUACGUAGUGCAUCGGUUGAGCUGUACAUUUAGUUUUUAUGAAUCUUUUUU